AUGUCGGCAGCGACGCCGAGGCUGAGGCGGUCCGUGGGAAGGUGGGCGGCGGGGAUCAGUCGGAGGCCAGGGCCGGCCGUGGUAGGCAGGGAGAUGGAGGUGGGAGAUGGGGACGAGAUGGGUGUGGAGGCCAGGGCCGGCCGUGGCAGGCAGGUAGAUGGAUGUGGGAGAUGGAGAGACCAGAUGGAAAACACGGUUCAAGAAACAGUAUGGGUUGCUAAUAGGGAUCAGCCCAUCACCAACCCCAGCAUCAACCAAACACGGUUCAAGAUAUCAAGUGAUGGCAAUCUUGCCAUCGUAAACCAUGCCGCCAACAAUGAAUCCAUUGUUUGCUCCUCUCACAUUGUAAAUAAUAGGACACACAUCAACACAAACAACACUAGUGUCGCUGUUCUCUUGAACAGUGGAAACCUUGCCUUCAAAGAGAGCCCGUCAUCUGACCUAACGGUCUGGCAGAGCUUCGACUACCCAACAGAUGUUAUACUUCCUGGUGCAAAGUUUGGUCGGGACAAGGUCACUGGUUUCAGUCACCAGGCCAUCUCAAAGAAGAGCCUGAUUGACCCGGGUCUUGGCUCAUACUAUUAUGAACUAGAACAAACCAAGGGGCUCGUCCUCAAGCGCCACAACCCCUCGGUAGAAUAUUGGCUUUAUGCAUCCUCCACAAAAUCAUCGUUGAAUCUUGUACCAAUGCUCAAGGCAGUGCUAGAUAUGGAUCCUCGCACCAAAGGUUUGAUAAAUGCAACAUAUGUUGAUAACAACCAAGAGGAGUACUACAUGUACAUAUCGCUUGAUGAGUCGUCUUCCUUUUUUAUCUUACUGGAUAUCUCUGGUCAGAUAAAGCUUAAUCUUUGGUCACAAGCUAAACAAUCUUGGCAAACCAUAUAUGCCAUACCCGAUGAUCCCUGCAUUCCUCCUGCUACUUGUGGACCUUACACGGUCUGCAAUGGCAAUGCACAUCCAUCAUGUGACUGUAUGAAGAGCUUCUCUCAGAAGUCACCGCAGGAUUGGGAAUUUGAGGACAGAACAGAAGGAUGCAUCAGAAAUAGACCAUUGCAUUGCACUAGUGACAGAAACAUCACAAGUUCAACGGACAUGUUCCAUCCCAUUUCUCAAGUUACAUUGCCCUACAACCCGCAGAGCACAGUCGUUGCUUCUACUCAGAGCAAAUGUGAAGAAGCUUGUCUCAGUUCCUGCUCCUGCACUGCUUAUUCCUAUAACAAUAGCAGAUGCUAUGUCUGGAAUGGGGAAUUGCUUAGUGUAAAUCUUAACAACGGCAUUACUAUCACUUCUAAAGAUGUUCUUUAUCUCCGUCUUUCUGCCAAAGAUUUCUUGCCAAGUUUGAGAAAAAACAAAAGAAAACCAAACGUUGGAGUUGUUAUUGCCACAAGCAUUACUGGGUUUGGGUUACUCAUUCUCCUGUUCUUGUUACUGAAUUGGAGGAACAAAUUCAUGUGGUGUGGUUUGCUGCCAUUAUACUAUGACAAUCAAGGUAGUGUUGGCGGGAUUAUAGCCUUCAAAUAUACUGAUUUAGUUCGUGCUACUAAAAACUUCUAUGAAAAGUUAGGUGUUGGAAGUUUUGGUUCUGUAUACAAGGGGGUGUUAAGUGACUCGAAGACUAUUGUAGCAGUGAAAAGGCUUGAUGGUGCCCGUCAAGGAGAGAAGCAAUUCAGGGCUGAGGUGAGCUUAGUUGGACUUAUCCAACACAUAAACCUAGUCAAAUUGAUAGGUUUUUGCUGCGAAGGUGAUCACAGAUUACUUGUGUAUGAGCACAUGUUAAAUGGGUCUCUUGAUGGUCAUCUAUUUAAGAAGAGCAAUGCAAAUGUUGUGGCCCUGAAUUGGAACAUCAGAUGUCAGAUAGCCCUAGGAGUUGCUAGAGGAUUGUGCUACCUGCAUCAGGGUUGUCGUGAGUGCAUCAUACACUGCGAUAUUAAGCCGGAGAACAUACUUCUGGAUGAAUCAUUUGUUCCUAAAAUCGCAGACUUUGGGUUGGCUGCGUUUAUGGGAAGGGAUUUUAGCCGAGUUAUGACUACAUUCAGAGGGACUGCUGGUUAUCUUGCCCCAGAGUGGCUUACCGGAGUUGCAAUCACACCAAAAAUUGAUGUUUAUGGCUUUGGCAUGGUACUUUUGGAAAUCAUAUCAGGAAGGAGGAAUUCCCCAAUAGAAAUACCAUACAACACUAGAAGCAGCAGCACCAGGUACCAGAAUGUUGAGGAGUAUUUCCCUGUGCAAGCCAUCAGCAAGCUUCAUGGUGGAGAUGUCAAGAGUUUGGUGGAUCCAUGGUUGGAUGGUGACUUCAAUUUGGAAGAGGCUGAGAGGAUUUGCAAAGUUGCAUGCUGGUGCAUCCAAGAUAAUGAGUUUGAUCGGCCGACUAUGGGUGAAGUGGUCCGGAUUCUCGAGGGUCUACAGGAGAUUAAUAUGCCCCCAAUGCUGAGACUACUUGCAGCUCUAACAGAACAGUUUGGUGCUGUAACUUCAGUGUAAUAUUAAUAAUUCAUAGGGUGCUUCACAUACGAUCGAUGUUAUUCAUCUUUGUUUCAGCAACUUCUCUUUAAAAUUGUAAUCUGGAGUGGAAGGAAUAAAGGAAGAAG